AUGCUUGCCCUGGUUUUGGGCACAGUUGCUGUUUAUAAAGCUCCAAGUCACCCGAAUGGAUGGGUACAAGCAUUAGACAAUGUAAGAGCUUAUAAAGUGGGUAUAAGAGUGCCAUGCUCAUCGUCAGCACUUGAUUUGUGUUAUUCGGUUCAUGACUUCAAAGCAGUGGAUAUCAUAUUGCAGCUCUAUACUGUAAUAUCGGACGACAAACUUUCGAAGAGAGGUGACCACCUCUCUAUCGAAGUGCGCAGCGUUAUCUUCAGUUGCAAAACUGUGAUCUCGAAAUGUCCUGAUAUUUCUCUGACGGCAUGGAAUUUAGUGCUCAAUUUUCUGUUAGUGGAAGAAAGUGAUUCUAAAGCAAGUAAGAGCAAUGAUACUCGGACAAAUAUGAAUUCAGUUAUUGGUAUGUUCACUUUGUUACUGAUUGUCCUACCGUUGCUGUUAAAUGUUUCAUCGGAGAGGGAUUACAUUGUAACCAUCAAUGACCAAAAAACCUAUAAGAAAUUAUUACGAGUACAUAAAAAUGUGCUGAUAUUGUUUUCAAAUUCUUCUAUGGAUAAAAACAGCCAAAUGAAAGAAGUGAUAAAAACCACAAUGGAAGCUGCCAAACAAGCAGUAGGACAAGGGACUGUUGCUCAAAUUAACUGUAACAAUGGUGAAAUAAAAAAACUGUGUAAAAAGCUCAAAGUAAUCCCUAAACCAUACAUCCUGAAACACUACCAAAACGGGGAAUUUUACAAAAACUAUGAUAGGAAGAUGAACACAAAAAGCAUGUAUCGGUUCCUGUUGGAUCCAGCAGGUGAUAUACCUUGGGAUGAAGAUCCUACAGCUGCUAACGUUGUUCAUCUAGAUAACUCUAAUGAGCUUCGCAAAACAGUCAGUAGUAGAAAAGCGGUACUUAUCAUGUUUUAUGCUCCUUGGUGCGGCUUCUGUAAACGUUUGAAGCCUGAAUUUAGUGCUGCAGCAGAUCAGUUGAAAGGAAAGAUCGUACUGGCGGGCAUGGAUUUGACGCUCCGUGGCAACGAAGUUAUCGCAAAACAGUUUAACAUUGAUGGCUAUCCAACACUUGAAUAUUUUGAGGAUGGCGUGCAUAAAUUUAGAUACAAAGGACAAAAUACAAAAAUUGGUAUAAUUGAAUGGCUUAAAAAUCCAGUAGAAGAAGUGGUAUCUCCCUCACUUGAGGAGGAAGGAACCUCGUGGAACGACACCAUCACCGAAGUGGUUCUUUUAAACGAUAAUACAUUUGAUGAAUUUAUUGCGAAACAUCGAAGCGUUCUGGUCCUUCUCUAUGCUCCUUGAGCAAUUAUUAAAAUGCAGGAAAGUGGCAAUGAUAAGGAUCGUCAUAUCGUUUCAAUUUUAUUUUUGCUAAGUAGUUUUCCCAAAUUUUCUAUUUUCGGGUGCCGCCACUGCAAGAUUGUGAAGCCGGAAUUCAUUCGAGCAGCUGAGCGUUUGAAAAAAGAUGGUAUUAAUGGUGUUUUAGCUGCUAUCGAUGCAACAACCAAUAAGAAGAUAGCAGAACGAUACAAAGUAGAGGGAUACCCCAGCUUUGCAUAUUUUAAGGAUGGGAAAUUUGCAUGGAAAAUCAAUGAGCGCAGAGAAGAUGGUUUUUACAGUUUUAUGAAAAAUCCAGUGGAGCCUCCCCCUCCUGAACUUUCAUGGAGUAAGCAGUCUGAUGGAGUGCAUGUAUUGCAUCUAACAGCGGAGAAUUUCAAAGCUGAAGUUAAGAAAAAAAAGCAUGCUUUGAUAAUUUUUUACGCUCCGUGGUGUGACUAUUGCAAACGAGCAAAACCUAAAUUUUUUGAAGCUUCUAAAAUACUUGCUGCUGAUGCAAGGAUCCUUUUGGGCGCUGUUGAUUGUACAGUUGAAGAGUCGUUAUGUCAAGAAUAUAAAAUAGAGGGAUUUCCAACAAUCAUUUACCUGUCCUAUGGCAAAAAUCGUAUUGAUUAUACUGGCAAACAUGAAACUGCAUCAUUCAUUACUUUUGUAGAAAGCGGCGGAGUAAGCUCGAAACCACAAAGUUUUGUCCCCGAAUUUGGCUUUGGAAAUGCAGUGACAAUACUCGAUGAGAACAAUUUCGAUAGAGUUAUCAACAAUGGAAAUGUUUUUGUGAUGUUUUUCUCUCCGUGGUGUGAACAUUGCAAAGCAGUAAAACCAGCAUUCCGCGAGGCUGCAGAACAGUCUCAUCUUGGCAAAUUCGGCGUGGUUGAUUGCAGUACUUGGAAUGAUCUUUGUGAGAAACACAGCGUGAAAAAUUACCCGACUUUCCAGAUAUUUGUUAACGGUGUCCAGCAUGAUUACAAUGGUAUUCUCACUUCACCCCAUUUUAUCGCAGCUUUUAUGAAGGUUGUUGGAUCAACUAAAAUUGAUCUAUAA